ACAUGUAACUGCCGUACUAUUGAAACGUGGCAAAAACAGAAGAACAUGGCUAGCUUUCCUAACCCGGAUUCACAUAAGAAAAACAGUGUCAACAGUGGUCACGUAUAGAGAGUUUACAAAUCGGAUCGACGUCGCUAUGAAGUUCUUUGUGCUAGCUGUCUUGGUAGCUGUGACGGCCUCUCAUGUGGUUGUUGUGGAAUCCCAAAGAUUCCACAUUCAAGGAUGUUAUUUUCAAGAAGGCGGAAAAUUUUACCCUGUCGGUGCAGCCUGGGAUUUCAAUUGUCAGAUGCACUGUACUUGUGAACGGUAUUCCAAUGGGGACGUGGCCAUGGGAUGUGUAUCCAUGUGCCCGCCCAUGGGAUAUGGACCCGGAUGUCGGGAAGUUUACUCGCCUGACAGAAACCCGGUAACGUCGGAAAACUGCUGUCCUCAGAUCGUCUGUGACUAGACUUGCAGCCUCAAGGUCAUUCCAAGGUUAUUCCUGCGGAAAAUAUCAACAGAUUAAGCAGUGUACUGUUUUUUGAGUCAUUUUGAUUUGCACUGGAUUAAAAUAUUCUCCAAAAGAA